UAGUCUUGUUUGAGUAGUAGUUUAAGAAUUUUAUCAAAAAAUUCAGUGAUUAAUUAGCAAAUUUUGGCUCGCUUCAAUUCCUUUAUCAGACAUCACACGUGUUAUUAACACAGAAAUAUCAUUUUGUCUGUAAAUAAUAACAAAUUAAGACCACAGGUUGAAUUAAUUAAUGGGCAGAUUGCAUGUAGUGUUAAAUAAACAAAGGGUUUAUUAUUACAUAUUGUAUAAUUAUGUGGUGUAGCAGUGCCACUAUAUGACUGGAGAGGCGUGAAAAUUAUUGCCAAUUUUGUGAAACAAUCAGUUGCUGAUCUCAGGUAUAAAACAAUAAAAGUGAUAAAUCAACAAAAAUAUUUAGCUAAGUGCGCCCCAAUGGAAGCUAAUAAAAGACAAGUGGAGAUGAAGCUCAACCAUGAGUGCGUUUACGUCUUCGAAACGAAAGGAGAGAUGGUCCCUUCGAAAUUUCGGCGGAAAGUCUGGCAAAUCCUACCAUCGAUCUGUGCAACACUUAUGUGCCUCCCCUUUGGCAUAAUGUUAGGGUGGCCUUCCCCAACUUAUCCCACUUUGGUCCAACCUGGGGCCCCAGUCUGGAUCAGUAUGGACCAAAGUGCCAUGGUGGCAGGCUUCCUCAUGAUUGGCAAUACUGUCUCCACCCCUUUUUCCACAAUUGACCGAAUUGGAGCAAAAUACGGGAUCAUAAUCGGCGCCAGCCUCAUCACCAUUGGCUGGAUCCUGAUGUGGCAAGCCCGCGAUAUUUUCUGGCUCCUGGGGAGCCGCUUCCUGAUUGGUGCAGGAAAUGGUUUCGGCACCGGUCAAGUCAAACUCUACAUCACCGAAAUCUGCCAAGACUCUCUCGCCCAAACCAUGGCCAAACAAAUCAACCUCUAUGUUUUCCUAGGAGUGGUUAUGGCCUUCUCUUACGGACCGUUUGUCGAUUUCCGAAAUUUCAGCAUCAUUAACUCAAUCCUCUCAGUUCUGGUCCUUUUCCUUGCCAUUUUCUUGCCGUCAACUCCACGCGAAUUGGUCAAGAGUGGUAAAAUGACCGAGGCGAGGAAAUUGAUAGCGUUUCUGAGUCCUGAUUUGAGCGUUAGCGAGGAAAUUGUGAAGAUUAAGGAGCGGAUCAAUGCUCCUGAUUGCAGUCUGGGGUUUUGUGACUUAGUUAGGGACAAGAGUUUGAGGAGGAGUUUGGUGGUUUUUGUUGGACUGGUGUUUUUUGGACAGUUUUCGGGAGCUAUAGCCACAUUGGUUUACUCGCAAAUGAUUUUUGAGAGGACACAUUGUCCGAGGCCCGAAAUGUGUGCCUUGGCCUAUGCUCUUAUUUUCCUAGUGGCGAAUUUUUACGGGACUUUUUGUGUCCCGAGUCAUAACAAAAAGUACGUUCUCUUGUUCUCCUCAAUUGGAGUGUCAGUAUUACUAGUGUUAAAUAUUGUAGUGUUAGUUGAGGAACUAAACGUCCAGUUUUGGCAAUUCACCUCUUUGGUGGGCCUGCUAUUGUACAUUCUAGUCUAUACUGUGGGAUUAGGAACCGUUCCUGUCCUCCUGAUCCCUGAAUUGUUCCCCAAGGAAGCAAACAAAGUCGUAGUCCAAUUUUUCGUCAUGUCUAACUCAAUGCUAGCUUUGACCAUAACUAAAAUCUUCCAGGUUUUAUUCACCAAUAUGGGGCUGGUCACCCCUUUGUGCUUAUUUCUGACAGCUAGCACCUUCUCUAUCAUCUUUGUGAUAAUUUUUGUGCCCAAUAAAAGUAACAAUAAAUCGAAUAACACGUGAUUUCGUUUAUUUCUUCUUACAUCAUUACAAUUGACUUAAUUGAUUCACUACUUAUUCUAAGUUUGUAUCCUCACGAAGUAGUCUCCGCAAUUUUUCCUUCAUCUCUUUGGACUUUUCAAAGUUCCGUUGACGUCGAGCUAGUCGUUCUUCUUUCAGACAUUUGGUCAUUUGAUGGUCGAGGGAAUUGCAAUAACCGACGAAUUUCCGAUAGGGAUGAUCAUUGUGGCAUUCUUGCAACAAUCGGAUGAGUUCAUUGCACUUUUCUGAGUGCAAAUGUGUCGACAGGUCUGUGUGCAUUUUACUAAGAAUGACAAUCGAGUGGGCUUGUGUCAAAACUACACCAGACAUCUAGCGCACAAUACACAAACUACGAUCAAGUAGAAAACUUUAAAUAGAGGGAGCCACACAACAGAUUUGAAUUUUUUGAAGCAAAAAUAACUCAUCGAUUUUGUAAAUUUGCGUGCGUUUUGGGCUGUUUAAAUUGCCAAACAUAAGUUAAAUGUCUGAUAGUCGUUUCAAUGAAACGUUUAUUCGAGUUUAACAUGCAAUAGAUGACUUGUACACAAUAAGAACUUAAUUAAAGACUAUAAGUGCACGUGUCUUUUAUUUAUAAUGGAAGUGAACGUUAAUGGGAUACUAAAUUGAUGAUAUUGGUGGUUCGUGGUCUCAAUUUAAUUUGCAGAUUGAGUAUAAUGGAGUUUUGCAAAAAGAGGAGCAAAUUUCGAUUGAAUCAUUCUUAAAAAAAUAUUAAAAUAAAUGAGCUUAAUUUAUAUUGCAUUGUCAACAGAAAAAACUACUUGUAUAUUUGCUUAAAUGGUUUAAAUUCAACAAGAAGGUGGUUUUUAUUUUUUUGGUGGGUUUUGCUGUUAAAAGAUGUAAUACUUUUCUAUUCAAAAAUCACUGCGUAAAUGCGUGUCUUUGUAAUGACUUGUAAUAAAAAUACCGAUUAAUUCUGACCCCACAGAUAGGCAAAGAUCGCACCAGCUUGGUUUUAUUAAUUUUUUGCAUUGUAUUGAGCCUAAAAUUAAACUGUUUCCAAUGAUUCGAAAAUAAAUUGUUGGUUUAAGUCGGACAUUAACGCACCGAAAUAGAUUUUAAUUGCAUUUUAUAGUGACUGUCUGUUUAAUUUAGUUCCAAAAUUCUUGAUUCUCGAUAAUUUUUUUUGCCAAAUCACCUCUCAAGUCUAUAAUUUUUCAUUCAUGCCUUAUUUAGUAUGAUUCAUGUGACGAGUGCGAUAAUCAAAAUCUCUUAUCAACCUCUUAACCUUUCGUUAAUUUAUUGCAUCAGACAGAUCCAAGCAACGAUAAUGGGAAUUAAAACAGAUACAGUAUGUAUUGAGGAGCAGAUAAUCGAAAGUCAACAAUACACAACAGUGGCAAUAAAAUUAUUUGGACAAACAAAUCAUUUUUAGCACUUUCAAAAAUAAAUUUCGUGUGCAAAUAAAGGAGAGCAUCAUGUGUCUACUCACAUGACCCAAACAAACAGAUAACGCGUGCUAUUUUCCAUAUUUUCCAUUAAAAUCAUUUUUUCCGAUGACUCUUAAUGAAGACAUUAAUUAAAAAUCAAGGCCUCUCACCGGAAACUAAUCAAGAUGCAACAACUUUAUUAACUUGUAGCAACAAAUUUGGUAAGCUUGACGUAAGAAAUAAAGUAUCAAUGAUUUCACAAUAUUAUUACAUUGCGGUUGAUGAUGAUGAUGUACAGGGUGAUUGCAAGAAAACUGACUCGUUUGUAAAUUGUGUGUGUUUGUGGGUUUUGGUGUAAUAGAGACUGCGGCAGCACGUUGCACAUCUUUUGUUGUAGAUUGUGGGGAAGGCGUUCGCACGAUAUUAUAAAUUUAGUUUGAGACAAGACACACGAAAACAACGACGCUUGUGGUGCGCCCGAAUCCUAAACGGAAUUAAUUUGUAGCAAUCAUGGGUAUCAUAACGAGCACAUUAAGCUAUUACAUGACCAA